UAGUGAUCGAUCAAAACCUCUAAACACAGCAACAGCCAAUUCCUUGGAAAUUCCCCAAUUGUCUUCUUCACUUUAUCUUUUUCCUUCUUCUGAGCAUAAAGAGAAGUCGCAGAAAUGCUUUGAAGCUCUCUCCAGGUUUCUAGGUAAGAGAUCUACGAUUGUGCCUUUGAAAUGCCGAGGCAGAAUCAAAGCGUGGAGAAUCUGCUUCUCCUUGGGAAAAUCAGGAAGCGUGGUUGCUCAUCGCCGACAUCGUCGACUUCUUCUGUUCUCAGGGAAGGUUAUCGGUUUAAGAGAGCGAUUGUGGUUGGGAAAAGAGGAGGAUCCACUACUCCUGUUCCUACAUGGAGGCUCAUGGGCCGAUCUCCGUCUCCGGCAUCGUCUUUACGAGCUUCCGGGGCCUUACACGCUGCUUCUCCGGGAUACGCGCCGUCGCAGUGCGGCAGCAAAACCGGAAAGUUACCAGCUGCUCCGGUUUCGGCGAGGAAGUUAGCGGCAACUCUGUGGGAGAUGAACGAGAUGCCUUCGCCGAGGAUGAUGAAGGAGGAGGCGCCGCCAGCUAAUAGAAAAGCUAGAAAGGAGAGAAUCGCGCCGCUUCCUCCGCCGAGAUCGGCUCAUUCUGGUUCUCUACCUCCUCACCUCUCCGAUCCGUCGCAUAGUCCAGUCUCUGAGAGGAUGGAAAGAUCAGGGACUGGAAGUCGCCAGAGAAGAGCAUCCUCUAAUAUGCAGAAGCUUAGGCUUGGAGACUGCAAUGUGGGGGCUAGGGAUCCUAUCAGCAAUGGCAGCUUCAUGGAUAUUGAGACUCGAUCACGGGUGGAGACACCUACUGGGUCAACUGUGGGAGUCAAAACACGGUUGAAGGAUUGUAGUAACGCUCUCACAACUUCAAAAGAGCUUCUCAAAAUCAUUAACAGAAUGUGGGGUCAAGAUGACCGCCCAUCUUCUAGCAUGUCCCUCGUCUCUGCUUUGCAUUCUGAGCUCGAAAGAGCUCGCUUACAGGUCAAUCAGUUAAUCCACGAACAUAAACCUGAAAACAAUGACAUUAGCUACUUGAUGAAGCGUUUUGCUGAAGAGAAAGCGGCGUGGAAAAGCAACGAGCAAGAAGUUGUCGAGGCUGCAAUCGAAUCUGUUGCUGGUGAGCUCGAAGUGGAGAGGAAGCUGAGGAGACGGUUCGAGAGCUUGAACAAAAAAUUGGGCAAAGAACUGGCUGAAACGAAAUCAGCUCUGAUGAAAGCAGUGAAAGAAAUCGAGAACGAGAAGCGAGCGAGAGUGAUGGUAGAGAAAGUUUGUGAUGAACUAGCAAGAGACAUAAGCGAAGACAAAGCCGAAGUUGAGGAAAUGAAGAGAGAAUCUUUCAAAGUCAAAGAAGAAGUCGAAAAGGAAAGAGAGAUGUUGCAGUUAGCUGAUGCAUUGCGCGAGGAGAGAGUGCAGAUGAAACUCUCGGAGGCUAAGCACCAGCUCGAGGAGAAAAACGCAGCCGUGGAUAAGCUAAGGAACCAGCUGCAAACUUACCUCAAAGCAAAAAGAUGCAAAGAGAAGACCCGUGAACCGCCUCAGACUCAGUUACACAACGAAGAAGCUGGAGAGUACUUGAACCAUCAUCACAUUGGUUUUGGUUCGUAUAACGUUGAAGACGGAGAAGUUGAGGAUGGGAACGAAGAAGAUUCAGGUGAAAGCGAUCUUCAUUCCAUAGAACUGAACAUAGACAACAAGAGCUAUAAAUGGCCUUACGGUGAAGACAACAGAGGGAGAAAGUCAACACCAAGGAAAAGCCUUUCAUUACAAAGAAGCAUAUCGGAUUGUGUAGAUUGGGUUGUACAGAGCGAGAAGCUUCAAAAAAGUGGAGAUGGAGGAUUGGAUUGGGGAAGAUCUAUCGAGGUUGAGCCUAAAGGGUAUUUAGAUGAAACACAAGCUUAUAAAGUAAACAAGUCUUCUUCAAAAGAUCAUCUCAUCUCGGGUCCGAGACUAAGUAACUUCCGCGGUGGAUCAGUUUCCAAGUCGCGGUUAUCGGAUGCUGCCAAAGGCGAAAACCAGAAUGCUAGAAAAUCAAGAUGGUAAUGAGCUAAAGCCAGCAAAUUUAUUCACAUUUUGGGAGCAGAGACGUUAGAAUCUAAAGAUUUUUACAUCUUUACUAAUGAUCUACAUGUUCUCUGUUCGCUCGUUUUGUCAAAGAGUGAUUCUUCAUAUGUAAGUGCCAAAAACAAAACUUGAAUUUUGGACUGAAAAAUGAUCCAAAUAUGUAAUAGCUCGAAUUUUAUAUAACAUCACGAAUUAUCUUCCAAAA